AUGGCGAUGAAGUCGAGACUUGUGCUGGAGAAGAAGAGGAAGAAGACAAACUCAAACUUUCCGAAGAAGAAGGAACUCCCUCAGCAGACUAAUCCACCAUCGACCCCUGUCACUGAGCUUUUCCCUCCAGGGGAGUUUCCUGAAGCAAUCUAUGGAGAACAACAUCUGAAAAAAGUUCAUCGCCAGGUUUGGAAAUAUGUGGUAAGCAUAGUGAAGCCUGAAAUGUUAAUGACUGAUAUACGUGAGACCCUGGAGAAUUCUGUUCGUAAGCUGAUAUCAGAGAAUGGUCUUCAAGCUGGUAUUGCAUUUCCUUCGAUAUGA